UCGGCUGCAUCACAUCUGGGCGCUCCUGUACAGUGCCCUGCUCUGGGCCCACUGCACGGCUCUGCCCCACGGCUGGCGACAUGGGCAUUCCUCCGGCCCCAGAAGUGGGUGGCCGGAGUUGGGUACCCGUGCUUCUGGCUCUCUGCCUGGCUACCUCCCGAGGUCUGGUGGCCGCCCUGAAGGUAGCCACACCAUACUCCUUAUACGUGUGUCCUGAGGGGCAGAACGUGACCCUGACAUGCCGGCUCCUGGGCCCUGGGCCCAAAGGACACAAUGUGACCUUGUACAAGACAUGGUACCGUAGUGCGCACAGCAAGAUGCAGGACUGUUUGGACCGCUGGCCCAUCCGCAACCUCACGUCCAAGGACUUGCACCUCUACCACCAUGGCCACCAGCACGCCAGCACCAACCAGAGCCUGGCCCGGCGCCAUGGCAUUGAGUCUGCCUCUGACCACCAUGGCAACUUCUCCAUCACGGUACAUGGCCUCACGGCACGAGACAGUGGCCUCUACUGCUGCCUGGUAGUGGAGGUCCAGUACCACCACUAUGAACAUCGUGUGCAUGGGGCCAUGGAGCUGCAAGUGCAAAGAGGCCAAGGAGCCCCAUCCCAGUGCAUCAUGUAUACAUCCUCACCGAGAGAGUCUGAAAACAUCACAGCUGCAGCACUGGCGACAGGCGCCUGCAUUGUGGGUAUUCUCUGCCUGCCCCUCAUCCUGCUCCUGGUCUACAAGCAAAGGCAGGUGGCUUCCAACCGCCGUGCCCAGGAGCUGGUCCGGAUGGAUAGCAAUGCUCAAGGCCUCGAUAAUCCGGGCUUUGAGACCGCUGUGCCUUCCCAAGGGCACACCGAGGCCAAGCCCAGACCACCACUGACCUACGUAGCCCAGCGGCAGCUUUCUGAGUCCGGCCGCCAUCUUCUCUCGGAGCCCAACACCCCCCUGUCUCCCCUGGGCCCUGGAGAUGUCUUCUUCCCAUCCCUGGACCCUGUUCCUGACUCUCCAAACUCAGAGGCCAUCUAGGGCCUCUGGGGACAAUGGACAACUAUGGUGGGCCCUGGGACAGGUGCCUCUGAGAUAGGUCUGGCCCUACUGCCUUCCUUCCUGCUCUGCCUGUGAUGCUUCUGCCAGCCUGCCGCCCAUCUGGAUGCUGGACUCUGUUUCCUGCAUCAAGAACAAGGGGAUGCUGAGAGCUACCUGAGAGCUGAUGGUACCAGCUCUAGACUCCAAGUCAGCUCCCCACUAAAGCGCCCACAUUCCCAGCUCUGGAAGCCACUCCCUCUAACUGAACACUGGGGACUGGACCUUGGGGAGAUGCCCCUGUCC